AAAUAUAUUUUUUAAACAAUGUGUUGUUUUUCUUUACUUUAAUUUUUCUUUUGUAGGAGUUCUUUACUUUAAUUUAAUACAUAUGAAUUGAGAAAAAAUUUUGAUAAACGACACCGUUUUAUGAAAAGAGAUGAGAUACUCCUCUUCUACCAUUAGCUGACUUAACCCAACGGCGGCGCGUCCUCACCAAUCGCCCCUCUCCGAUCUCCUCCUUGGCCUACUACCAAUACAUUUCCAGUUUCAGGUACUGCUUAGUUGAUCAGUUAAAAAAGUUUGAAUUUUGUCAGAGAUGUCUCAUUUGAAUGAAGAUUUUUUGGAUAUUCAGUUACCACUUACCAAAUUAGGUCUGCAUUUGAUUGAUAAUGAUCCAAAGGGCAAGACAUAUGUGGUUCUUGUUGCAACUGGAAGUUUCAAUCCUCCUACAUAUAUGCAUUUACGCCUCUUUGAACUAGCAAGAGAUGCACUGAAUUCGGAAGGAUUUUGUGUUAUUGGAGGUUACAUGUCACCUGUUAAUGAUGCAUACAACAAAAGGGGCCUUAUAUCUGCAGAGCAUCGAAUACAGUUGUGUGAACUCGCCUGCAAAAGUUCUGACUUUGUCAUGGUAGAUUCAUGGGAGGCAAUACAAAGUUCCUAUCAACGAACAUUAACCGUUUUAUCUAGAGUCAAAAGUGGGUUCUCUAUGUUGCAGUUGAAUCCCAAAGAAUCCCUCAAGGUCAUGAUUGUUUGCGGUUCUGAUCUACUCCAAUCUUUUGCCACUCCCGGGGUUUGGAUACCCGAGCAGGUUCGGGCCAUAUGUAGCGAGUACGGUGUGGUUUGCAUUCGUAGAGAGGGACAAGAUGUUGAGAAAAUUAUCUCAGAUAAUCAAAUUUUGAAGGAGAACAGAGGGAACAUAAAAAUUGUGGAUGAAGUUAUACCAAACCAAAUAAGUUCAUCAAGACUAAGGGAUUGUAUUUCAAGAGGUUUGUCAAUUAAAUAUUUAACUGAAGAUAAAGUGAUUGAUUACAUAAAGAAAAAUAAUCUUUACAUCAACUCAUCUUCCUAAUUAGAAUCCAAUAAUUUUAGUGUUUAUUUAUGAAUGAUUUUACAUCAUUCUAUUCAAUGCUGAAUAUUCUCAUACUGCAAUUAUUGUAUAAUAUUUUAGAUGAAUAUGAAUAUAUAUGCAUAGUUGUUGAAUUCAAAUAAAAUGGCUUUUGAAAUAUCUUUUUUAUUAUUAUUUUUUUUUUUUUAGAAUUAGAAAUAUUGUGAAAGACAUGAAAUUUAUAAGUGAACUUAAAUAACACGACAUAUAUAAUUAUAAAAAUAAAAAAUAAGCUAUAUCCACAAAAAUUAUCUUAUAGCGAAUAAAUUAUAUACACCUAGUUCGAUCGAUAAAAGAACCAUUAAUGAUUGGUGAACCUGAAAAUCCAUUUACAAUUUUUUUAGACAAAUAUUGCUUGAAUGAUUUUUUUUUCUCGUAAUUUAAAUACUUCGUAUACUACCAAAUAAAUUAUUGGACUGGAUUUGGAUCGACUCGUUCAAAUUAUGCCAUUUUAAAAUAAAAUUAAAUUACUUUUGCAUCCUUAUAUUAAUAAUCCAAAAUAAAUACACAAGAAAUCAAAUCUGAACACAAAUUACCCCAUAAAAACAACAAGAAUUUUCUCUCAACUUCUGAGAAAACUCACAAAUUAAACUUACAAGCAAGAAAAUAAAACUAAAAAACAAACAAACAAAACAUAAAUAAAACACCAAUAAUCAUGAUUAACCCAGUUAAUUAACUAAUCAAAUUAUGAUUAAUUAACUUUCUCAGUUUAUAUAUAUAUAUAUAUCAAAUUCCAAUAAUACCCUCCCUCCCCUUCUUUGGUUUUUCAUUUAUACUGACCAAAAGGAUCAUAUCCACCACCACCAGAAGACCCAGCUCCGGACCCGGGUCCAGUAUGACCCGACCCGUCUCUAAAAUACCCAUGAAUCGAGUUCUCAAACAUAGCUGGUGGAUAAGGGCCCAACUGAUACCCAGGCCCACCAGGCCCAUAAGGCCCAACAUGAAGAUGAUGACUAGGCCCAUAAUGAUCCAUAUUAGCUGAAGAGUUUCUUUUCACAUACGCCGGUUCAGGGCGGAGAGAAGAAGAUGACCUAUCAGUUUCCGACUCGCGGUGGCGCGUGAGAAAGAGCGUGAGAGGCUCAACGUAAUCAUCAAACCCUAAUUUUGCCAUAGCCCAAAGCACAUCCUCGGCGGUCACCGUCUUCCGCUGCUCGCGCUGACACCGGUCGUUGGCUUCGCCGGUGAUGAAGCUUAUGUACUCCGACACGCACUCUUGGAUCGUCUCCUUCGCGUCGUCGGAGAUCUUUGCGUGCGACGGAAGAAUCCGACGCAUGAUUCUGAUCACGUUCGCGAUCGGCAUGUACUGAUCUUGCUCGCGUAUUACGCACGUGUUUUGUACGCGUUCAUGACCUCCUCCGCCUCCGGUGAAAGCUCCGGCACCGUUGUUGUCGGUGCCGGCGCCGAUGCCAUUUUCUUCAUUGGUGUUAUUUGUUACCACUAAGCCUAAGUCUGAAAAAUACAAUAAUUUAUAUAAUAAUAAUAAC